UUAUCAAUACGUAUGCGUACAUAAGUUAUGUGCAUGACGUUAUGUUUUUAAACUUAAAACUGGUUUUUUACUUCUGGAAAAAUAUUUAAUAUGUUACCAUUAUCCUUAUUACGUACUGCUCAAAAUCAUCCUAUGUUAGUAGAAUUGAAAAAUGGAGAAACUUAUAAUGGCCACUUAGUCAGUUGUGAUAAUUGGAUGAAUAUUAAUUUACGAGAAGUUAUCUGUACAUCAAGAGAUGGGGACAAAUUUUGGAGAAUGCCAGAAUGUUAUAUCAGAGGAAGCACAAUUAAAUAUUUACGGAUACCUGAUGAAAUUAUUGAUAUGGUCAAAGAGGAUGUUCAAAUGAAAUCAAGGGGACGAGGAGAAAUGAAAAUGAGAGGUGGGCAAAAUCAAAGAGGUAGUCGUGGAGGUGGAAGAGGUACAUUUGGUAGUCGAGGAGGGAGAGGACCUGUAUCAGUAGGUCGAGGUGGCAACAAUCCAGGAAAUAAAAAUAAAAAAUUAAAUUAGUUUAUAUUAAAUUAUUUCCUUUUUUAUUUUGUUAUAC